AUGCCGAAGACGCGCUCGCGUCAAGUCUCGGAUGCUCCUCCCUCGCGUCGGAAGGCUUCCGCUCGUGCCGCCACUCCCCAUGACGUCACCUUCUGGUCCGAGCCAGACGGCCUCGCCCUCGUAGGCAAGGCGAUCUCCGUCUUGUGGCCGUCCGACGGAAACUACUACCCCGCGCUCGUCGUUGGCUUUCACCCUCGUGCCCGCAAGCACAAGCUCAUUUACCUCGAGGAUGAGUCCGUCGAGUCUGUCGACCUUGGCAUCGGGCCUGCUCAACGUGACUUCCGUCUCGCCGAUUCCCCGAAGGAUCCCCUCGUCGGGAAGACCAUCGAGUUUCUCCCCGACGCCAAGCCCCCCGCUGCGUCUUGGUUUGAUUUCAUGCGCGAUCCUAGGGAGAAGUCCGCCCACAAGUUCUCCGUUAUCGUCUUUGCUAGCAUCGACUAUGAGCCCCAGCCAAAUGAGGUCUGCUCCCCGCCACGGCCCAAGGGAGAUUCGACUCCCAGCCAGUUCUACCGCGUCAUCUACUUGGCGAACGAGUACCUCGCCACUGUCGAUCUCGCCCACGUCGACUACAACAUCGAGACGCCGCCGCAGCAACCGGAGGACCCGGUCAUGGAGGAGAUGGAAUCCCGCUCGGGCCCCGGGUCCAAGUCUGCUCUUCCGCAACAGUUGCGCCGUUCAGGCACUCGCUCUAUCCAGGACGACGAGCAGGACGGCGCCGGGGGCGACGAUUACGAACCCACAAAGGCGGAGCAGGACGACGUCAGCGAUGAUGCAGACGAGCAAGACGAAAAAGAACCCGUCGUGAAGAAAGAUUUACCACCCUCUUUGUCCGAGACUAUCGGACGCGUCACCAAGGCAGCAGAGGAGGCUGGCGCCGCGGAUGUAGUUGUUCCGCCUGCUGUCGUGGGUCAGAAGCGAGCCGACAGGAAGUAUCGCGCCUCCGGAACAAAGGAUUUGGUUGUUGACGCGAUGAGGGACGUCGUGAUGGACAAGAAGAAUGUAUCCGUAGACAUCGAUACUGGAUUUGAUAAGCCUGAGCCUGGCACCAGUGUGGAAGUGAGUCCUGAUGGCUCACCGAACGCUGUCCCACUAGAAAAGACAGGGGGCAGGGCUAAGGGUGAAGGCAGCAUCGGCACCCAAGACACACGCGACGACCCCCUGGAGCCGAGGUCUGCAGGCAAAAAAUCUGGAAAGUCCUCGCGUCCGGUCCCUGCGUCACUCUAUCCUCCGCUAUUCGAAGAUGAGGAAGGAGGAGAUAACGACACAGCAUCGGAUGACGAGAAGUUGGGCUGGGCCUCUGAAGAAAAGGUGGAGGGAGCUGGAGAGUCGAAAUCCCAGGUUGGGGAUUACAUUUCCCUAGACCUCGGGGACGGGAACGAACCCCGAAAAGCGUUUGUGGAAGCUUAUUUGCCCGGGCUUGACAAGCACUUUGUGGCCUUCUGCGAUAACAAAGGCGGCAAUUUGAAAGUGAAGCUGACGAGAAGUAAUCACACUGUUCUCGCAGAUGACGAGGUGCAUGUCCUAAGCCGCACCCCUAUUGCAAAAGAGGAUCCAGGCGCUGCCGCGGGACGAUCCAAGCGGAGGCGCAACGUCUUGACACUGUCUGAUAGCAGACCGAAGAAGAAACUGGAGGCGAGAUCACCGCCCAUCAGAGGUGAUUCGGCUGGUCCGGAAAUUUGUGGGCGGUGCCUAAAGAUUGUUUGGCCGGAGAGCGAACUCGUAUAUACCGCACUGGUGCUUGGCUUCAAUCCGGAAAAGAAUGAGCACUUGGUGGUAUACUUGAGUGAUCACUGUGUGGAGGUGGUGCAGCUCAAGUAUCGAGAGUGGAAUCUGCUUUCACGAGAAGACGAACCAUGGAUUGCACAGGGUAUGCUUGGCAAUCGACUGUACGUAUUGUGGAACGGCGAAUACGACUCUGCUGAAGCAAACGAAAAGUCAAAGGAGAUAUUUGACGGUGAAUGCAAAGUUGUGUACGAGGCUUACGUGUUAAGUUACGAGGGAGAAGGCAAAUACCUCCUUUUAUACCCAAACACAGAAGAUACUGAAGUUCGAACUCUUCAGAUGGAUGAGAAAGAAAGAGGUGACCAAAAACCACUGGAAAGGGAAUGGGGUCCUCUGGGUGCCGGUGCUACAGAAGUGGCGGGUCUUCCCGUGGUCGGUUGGGAACCCUGAAUAGAAUUGGAAGCCAAUGCGUGACAAGGGGAAGAUUUGUUUGUUUGUUUGUUUUUUCGUUCACCUGACAUAGCAGAAAAACUGCGCGCAGCCCAUUACUCUUUGUAUACACAAAUUACCUGGAGAUACACGCGCGUAGGAUUUGUUUGUCUCGUGGUUGAGCAGACGAAUCCAAGUGGACAACAGAAAUGCUCUUCGUUCUACAGCGCUUGACAAGAACUACAAAAAAAUGAAGGCCUGUUGGUUGGGAAUUGCAGAAUUCCUCUGCUCUCUUUAUGCCCCUGUAAAAACCAUACUGUACUGCGCCAAA